UUCUUUUUUUUUUUUUUUUUUUUUUUUUGAGAAGAUGGCCUUUCUAAUGAAAAGUAUGUUGAGCAACCAGGUAAAGAAUUUGGGACUUGGAGGAGGAGGGGAAGAAAGCAAAGAAGAAAGCACUCCUUCUGAUCCAGCAGCAGCUGCAGGAAUGACCAGAGAGGAGUAUGAGGAAUAUCAAAAGCAAAUGGUUGAGGAGAAGAUGGAAAGAGAUGCAGCAUUUGCACAGAAAAAAGCAGAGCGAGCUGUUCUGAGGGUUCACCUGAGAGAAAAGUACAGACUGCCCAAGAGUGAAUUGGAUGAGAAUCAAAUACAGAUGGCUGGAGAUGAUGUGGGAUUGCCAGAAGACCUUCAGAAGAUGGUGGCAGAAGAUCAGGAGGAGGAAGAAGACAAGGACUCUAUCCUGGGCCAGCUGCAGAACAUCCAGAAUAUGGACAUGGAUGCCAUCAAAGAAAAGGCACAGGCUACCUUCACUGAGAUGAAACAGGCAGCUGAGCAGAAAUGUUCCAUGAUGUAGAAGAGCCACCACUGCCCAAAGGCUGUAACUUCAGUCUUGUGUUGCUGGGGAUGCAGAGGGAGAGCAGGCAGAGGGAAUCACUUAGCUCUAUAGCAUUCAGUGUAAAUAUAGAAAAGUGAUGAAAGAGAGACUUAAAACCCUGAGGGGAGAGUAAAAUUUUACCUGCUGGGACUGCCUAGAAGGAAGUUAGCAUUGAUCCUCAGUUUUGAACAUAACUUUUUCCCCCAUGGAAAAAAAUGGCUUUAUAAAAGUUAAUAUUGGGAAAAAAAAUGUGCCUUUUUCCAUUUUUUCCACAUGAAUGAAAUGCUAUUAAAUGUGUAUGUUUGAACAAAAUUGUACUUCUGAUACAUCACAUAGAGGUAACCGCUCAUUUAAUCCUGCUUUCAGAA